UACCGGUGUUUUACAGUGAUGACGUGUAUGUACGGGUCCUUCGGACUUCCGGGUGUGUAUAAACAGACAGCAACGGUCCUGCUUCUCAUACAAGAUGUCCAAAGUAACCUUUAAAAUUACCCUCACGUCGGACCCCCGGCUGCCAUACAAAGUAUUAAGUGUCCCUGAAAGCACACCAUUCACAGCGGUCUUAAAGUUUGCAGCUGAAGAGUUCAAAGUGCCAUCAGCAACCAGCGCUAUUAUAACAAAUGACGGAAUAGGAAUCAACCCUGCCCAGACUGCAGGGAACGUGUUUCUAAAGCACGGCUCGGAGCUUCGUCUCAUUCCCAGAGACAGAGUGGGAGGACGAGGAGACUGACUUAUGCAGCAUCUCCCUGUUGAUGGCAUAAUGACUCACACCACAGAAACACACAACACUUUCGACCCAGGAAACACCUCAGCAUGUUUCAUAUUUAUUUUUUCUGGCCCACACAACUGACAGUGACUCACACGAGACUAUGCAUAUUUAAAGUCACGGGUGACACACAGAGUUAAGGAGUCCCUAAAUAGAUGUUAUCAGAUAGAAGCAGAGGUUUGGAUUGGUGGCUAGAGAAAUACCCACAGAGGCUGAGUAAUAAUUGUAAACAUAAGACAGCAUCUUUGGGUUUAGCAAGGUUAAAGGAAAAACCGAGUUGAUAUUAACUUUUGCAUCAUUUCUCAUGUCAAAUAAAGUAACAUAACAGCAACAGAACAUCCUCUUUUAUUGUUGACUUUACCUGCAUUGUAAAUAUGGCUGUUUCAUUUUGUUAAUAAAGGCAUGAGGUGCUUUCAUUGAA